AUCACUCACUUCCUGUGCAUGCUGAGGCAGAUCUGGGCAGUCUUGGCACAUUUACAUACACACUCAUCUUCUGUCAACUGUAACGUUCCACUGGAGCUGAGCCCGCGUCUUUUUGUCCGCGAUCCUCGCACUUCCAUCAUGACCCAGAGGUGAUCCUCGUUCCCGGUGGUUCUGGGAGUCCAGGUCUGCGGUGAGAGAGCGUGAAAGAGAGAGGCCUCUUUUUAGGUGAAAGGAUUGCCCAGGGCCACGGCGGCCAGAAUCUGAAGGAAAGGAGAGCAGCAGUUAUCCAGGCAGGACUAAAGAUCAUUAUGGAGAAGGAAGAUCUGAAGAUUGUCAACAGGGGUUUGGAGGAUGAGAUGGAGCUGAGCGGGUAUCGGCUGUGCCGAUGGAAGCUGGUUCUGGUGGGUCUGGGUGGUCUCUGCACAGGUGGUUUUCUCUUCCUCCUGCUCUAUUGGAUGCCUGAAUGGUGUGUGAAGGCCACCUGCACACGGUCCGCUGUCAAAGACGCAGAUGUCGUUCUCUUACAAAGCACUGAUGAGUUCAAGCGCUGGUUUCGAGCGAAGGUUCGGAUAACGCUGGCCCCUGGGAAGGACCCUUAUGAAAACCUGGCCUUUCAGACCGCCUCCCCUCUGGCCAAUGACCACGCCCACAAGCCUUCUGACUCCGCCCCUGAAAAAAUCACCCAGAAUCCAGAGGACCAGCAUGUGCCGAAACGUUAUUUUACCCUCCACAGCACUAAAUACUUUUGGAACGACGCCAUCCAGAACUUUGAAGUAUUGAAAGGCCUGGAAGACCUGAGCAUGACCUGCUCAUCCGUUCACUCAAAGCACAGCGCCGGGCUCAACAAAAACCAGCAGGAGUACAGGAGUUUUUUUUUUGGACUGAAUGAAAUAGACGUGAAAGUGCCUUCUCUUUUCAAGCUGCUUAUUAAGGAGGUCCUCAAUCCUUUCUACAUCUUCCAGCUCUUCAGUGUUAUCCUGUGGUGUACUGAUUCAUACUAUUACUACGCAAUGGCCAUAGUCAUCAUGUCAGUCAUAUCUAUAGCUACCUCUCUCUACACUAUUAAAAAGCAAUAUGUAAUGCUACAUGACAUGGUGGCAGCACACAGUACUGUUCGAGUUACAGUCUGCAGGGGAGAAAACGAAACCGAGGAAGCCCUGUCCACAGACUUGGUCCCCGGUGAUGUCAUAGUCAUCCCCAGCAAUGGGACCAUCAUGCCCUGUGAUGCAGUGCUCAUCUGUGGAACCUGCAUUGUUAAUGAGAGCAUGCUCACAGGUGAGAGUGUUCCAGUCACAAAGACUGACCUUCCGAACCCUCAGCAGGACAAGAAGGGUGAGGAUGGGGACGCGAUCUACAGCACGGAGGAACACAAGAGACAUACGCUGUUCUGUGGCACAAACGUCAUACAGACUCGCUACUACACUGGAGAAAUGGUCAAAGCCGUGGUAGUCCGAACAGGUUUCAGCACCGCUAAAGGGCAGCUCAUCCGCUCUAUCCUGUACCCCAAACCCACAGACUUCAAGCUGUACCGGGACGCCUACCUGUUCCUGCUCUGCCUGGUGGCCGUUGCCAGCGUCGUCUUCAUCUAUUCUUUGGUCAUGAAAAUCAUAAAUCAGGAAUCUGUAAAGGAAAUCAUAGUCAAGUCUCUGGACAUCAUUACUAUCACUGUGCCCCCUGCACUGCCGGCAGCAAUGACAGCGGGCAUCGUAUAUGCUCAGCGGCGUCUCAGGAAGGUCGGGAUAUUCUCCAUCAGCCCACAAAGAAUCAACAUCUGUGGACAGCUGAACCUGGUGUGCUUUGACAAGACAGGCACUCUGACAGAAGAUGGCUUGGACAUGUGGGGAAUUCAACGAGUAGAAGAUGGCAGAUUCCAUCAUUCAGAAGAAAAAGCCGACGAUAAGAGCUUGGUUACUACCAAGUUUGUGUCGUGCAUGGCCACCUGUCACUCCCUCACCAAGAUUGAGGGUCAGCUCUCUGGAGAUCCACUAGACCUCAAGAUGUUUGAGGCCACAGGCUGGAUACUGGUGGAAGCUACAGAAGAGGAGACGGCUCACCAUGACCGCAUUGAACUCACUUAUGUAAAACCGCCCAAUCAGCUUCUGCCGCCAUCUGUAAUAUCACCUAAACAGGACAUGGAACUGUCUGAACUCUAUGAGCUCUCGGCAUCAUAUAUGAUCGGUAUUGUGCGGCAGUUCUCCUUCUCCUCGGCUCUGCAGAGAAUGAGCGUGGUGGUCCGACUGAUUGGAGAGAGACGUAUGGACGCUUAUCUGAAAGGGGCUCCAGAGGUUGUGGCAAGCCUCUGUAAGAACGAAACAGUACCAGCUGAUUUCACCGAGGUCCUGGAGGACUACACCAAACAGGGCUUCCGGGUCAUUGCGCUGGCACACAGACGGCUGGAAUCCAAACUUACAUUUCACAAAGUGCAGAACAUUAACCGGGAUCAGAUUGAGAAAAAUAUGGAUUUCUUGGGUUUGAUCAUCAUGCAGAACAAGCUUAAGACGGAAACUCCAGGUGUGCUGGAAGAUCUACGACAUGCCAACAUACGAACCGUUAUGGUCACAGGUGACAACAUGCUGACGGCCAUCUCUGUGGCACGAGACUGCGGCAUGAUUCAGCCGCAAGACCGAGUCAUUAUUGCCGACGCUCUGCCCCCUAAAGACGGCCAGGCUGCCAAGAUCGACUGGCACUAUGCCGACAAACCCAGCAAACACUUGAACAAGCCCACCAAACUAGAGGAGAUGGAGAUUAUUCUGGAAGAUGGGCAUUCUGUGGAUGAGAUGAGAGUUCUGGAGCAGUAUCACUUUGCCAUGAGCGGCAAAUCGUUUUCUGUAAUAAUUGAGCAUUUCCAAGACUUGCUACAGAAGCUGGUGCUUCAUGGAACAGUAUUUGCAAGGAUGGCGCCUGACCAGAAGACUCAGCUUGUUGAGACAUUAGAAAGUGUAGACUAUUUUGUAGGAAUGUGUGGAGAUGGAGCGAAUGACUGUGGGGCACUGAAGAGAGCUCAUGCUGGGAUUUCCCUGUCAGAGCUGGAGGCUUCAGUGGCUUCUCCCUUCACCUCCACAACUCCCAGCAUCACCUGCGUGCCCAAUCUGAUCAGGGAGGGCAGAGCAGCUCUCAUCACCUCCUUCUGUGUGUUUAAGUUCAUGGCCCUCUACAGUAUUAUUCAGUGCUUCAGUGUUGCCCUUCUCUACUCCAUUCGCAGUAACCUGGGUGACUUUCAGUUUCUCUUCAUUGACAUAGCCAUCAUUCUUCUAAUUGUCUUCACCAUGAGUUUGAACUCCGCAUGGAAGGAGCUUGUCGCCCAAAGACCUCCCUCUGGUCUCGUCUCCGGUCCUCUCCUCUUCUCAGUUCUGACCCAGAUUCUCAUUUGCCUGGGUUUCCAGAUCAUGGCCUUCCUCUUGAUUCGAGAACUGGACUGGUACUCCAAGCCAGAUUUCUACAACUGCUCUGCUCCCCAUCACGUGGAUGACUUCACUAACUCCACUGAAGGACAGACUAAAAAAAUAAUCAAGAGUGAUGUGAAUACCACGAUCUUCUUCAUUUCUUCUUUUCAGUACCUCAUUGUUGCCGUUGUUUUCUCCAAAGGAAAACCUUUCCGCCAGCCCACCUACAAGAAUUGGCCAUUUGUCCUCUCUGCUUUAAUUAUCAUAGUUUUCCUGUUUUUCAUCAUGUUUUUCCCGGUUGCUAAAAUCAAUACAUUUUUACAGCUCGAAUGUGUUCCUUUGAGCUGGCGUGUGUCUAUGGUGCUCAUCUUGCUGGGCAACACCGUAGUUUCUGUCUUUAUCGAGAACGUCGUGCUUGACGUCAUCUUGUGGAAGCAUGUGUUCAGCAGAGACAAGCAGGGAAGCUAUGGCAUCUCCCCUGCAGGCUCGCCACCACAGAGAGGAAUAGACCAGUUUGGAACUAAAUGCCUCUCCUGGCUCUGCUGCCGGCAGAAAAGAGUGCCCAAGGCUCGGUACAUGCACCUUGCCCAAGAGCUGAGCGUGGAUCCCGACUGGCCUCCCAAACCUAAAAGCACUACUGAAGCCAAACCUGCCCCUCAUUCGGACGACUGCUCCUACCACAUUGAAGCCAUUUCCUAGCAUUUCCACCACACACUCUGUAUUGCACGGUCAAAACACCAGGAAUUCCUUUAAACAAAUGAAACAAAGUCUUUUUGUUGUCUCUUGUUUGACUUUUUUUUUUUUUUUUUUUUUAUGGGAAGCCCCACCCACAUGGGCAUGUGGUCCAUCACCAAUAUUCCCUUAAAACAUCACAUAGACAGCUAAUAAUUCAACUUAACCAAAUGUGGCCCUUUAGAUUAUCUUCUUCAUGAUUUUAUGGACCUGUGGCUCUAUAUCACGAAGGUUCUGGAUAUCAAGCGUUAUUCUGUUAAUGUAGUAUUGAAUCAUCUCUACAGGCUGUGCGGCGGAAGCUGCAUGCCUCUCUUUGGAAACCAUCACUGCAUGCGGAACAAACCAAACCAAAUUAUAGUGGCUCACAGAAUCCAAGAUUCAGCGUAAUUUACAGCCAGCUAAUUUUUACAAAUAUAUCGGUGUAGAUAUAUAAUUAGAUAUGAUCUUUAUUUUUCAUAUCUCUUCCCAUGGAAGAAUGGAGGUGGGAAUUUAGUUGUGGAAGGCCAAAUAUUGUGAAAGUCAUUUGUGUUUUGUUCACUACUUCUGGCACAAUAUCUGGCGAUGAGUUUUGAUUUUGGUCCAUCUUGAAACUUUCUUCAUUGAAAACAGUGUCUGAAAACUGUCACAAGUCCUAUAUAUAUAUAUAUAUAUAUAUAUAUAUAUAUAUAAGUCAUUUUAGCAAUGACACAUUUGUAGAAAUUACACUGGGAAUCAUCUGGAAGGGGCUCAGGUGCAUUGAUUGCUCGUUGAGAAAUUUCGGGCACAUUCGUUUGGAAAAAGUACAAAUGACAGAGCUUUGACCUGGAGUAUUUGUGAGAGGUGGGUGAAUUUUGCAAUCCAAAUCAGACUGCCAAUGAAUUCACACACAGUUGACAGUAUUACUUGUGCAUGCCUUAACAGUUUUGCUGCUAAUCUAGAAAAACAAACAAAACUAAAAAAACGAAAUGUUUUUCGAAAUCAUGCACAUGUCCCUUCCGGCUUUCCAGAUGUGAUUUUAUUUGCUUAAUUUAUGCAAUCCAUUUCAACUAUUCUGGUAUUCUAUCAAACUUGCUGGUAUUUUUAUUUAUAUAUAUAUAUAUAUAUAUAUAUAUUAUAUUAUAUUAUAUUAUGUUGUUCCUGAAAUGAACCACUAAGCAAUAUAAGGUGAUCACCUUUUUUCCAGACAGUUUGUACUGUCACUCUGCUAAACAUCCUUGCCAGUCAUAGUGCUCAUGAAGAGUUUUGGUCAGUCAUUUCGCUGAGGUUGGUGUCUUUUUUUUUUUUUUUUUUUUUUGAUGGAUUUAGACAAAAAAUUGCAAAAUGAAUUGAUUUUAUAGUAAUAUUGCCUGUCUGUUGGACUGCACUUCAUUUAAUAAAUAAUAUGAGAUAAAACAAUUUGUAAACCGAGAUAAAACAAUUUGUAAACCAAGAUUAAAAUGUUUUUGGAAAAACAGGAAUGUGCAAAUUUUUAAAAAGGACUCCAUGAAGCUGAAGUUCAUACAGUAAAUCUUACAAUCUGAUCACAGGUUUUCAUUCAUGUUUGCAUUUAUGUAAUGUUUGGUCUUCAAAUUCAUCUUGAUUUAUUUUGCUGUAUGGGGCAUUUUUUAAUUCUUCAGUUUAAUCUGAAAAUUAAGGGCUGAAUCUGUCUGUCUUUUUAUUGCUCCAUUUCUGCAAUACUUUGGUACUGUUUGAUUUUUGAAAUGGUAUUGAUAAUCUGAAAUAAUUGCAAUGUGUUCUUUUCUACCGUAUUUGUCCAAUAUUGUAUCAGUAUGUUUGUUUAUAUCAUAAACGUGUUUUCUGGGCAUUCCUUGAACGAGGCAACAAAAAAAGUCUCCUUGCUCUUAUUGACCUAGGUGACAUGAUCUAUUAAAUGAUGUUUCAGUUUUAUAAACCACCGCCUCAAAGCAUCUGCUCGCAACAUCUACUGAGCCCAGAUGGAUAAACCAACACAACCUUUGUGUGUGUGUGUGUGUGUGUGUAUCUUUAACAGAUGUGAAUGCAAUACUAAAUGCUUUUAGGAUUGGGGAAUGUUAAAUUAUUUUCUUUUUUAUUACUGUCCUUGUUGAUGUGGAGUUAUUUUUUUUAUUAUUAGUUUAAUUUGUCUUGAUCUGAACUGUGUGGUGUGGCAAUCAGUUUCUCUUCCUCUAGUAGGCAGUAGGUCGAUGCUAGGCCUUGGAGAACAUCACUAAAUCCUCCGUCUCAGUAACAAAUCUGCACCUUAUGCAGGGUUUAAUUGGUUUUGUUCACUUUCACAUCUUCAGUUGCACACUGAAAUAUCAGUCAUGUCACUCUUUAUGUUCCAUGGCAAUCAUGUAUGUUCUGAAAAGUGAUUUUUCCAAAACUGGGGCCAUGUUCUCGUCAUCUGUAUGUCAUAUCUGCAGUUCUAUAGGAUACAAACACAUAGAAAUAAGAGUGUUUUCCAUACCGGAGGUAGUGAUUCAGUUCACACUGUUAUUCCUUACUUUUUGCUUAUUCAUUUUGUACCAUAUGUUGUAUUAAUUUUCAUGUGAGAACGGUGUUAUUAAACAUGAGCAAAAGUUCAGCCACUGGUUCUUUUAAAACUGGAGUGGUUAAUUUCCUCAGGAAAUUGUGUGUAUUUGUAAUGAUUAAUGCUAAAUAAAUUAGUAUGGAAAAAUUA